CGGUGAACCCCUGAUUACGUUUCAUCUCGUUUUAUUUAUUUAGGGGAAGCUGCGCUUGCCAUUGGCCAGCCCGGCCGCUGUUACUAGGGGUCCACCCCGGGGGCUUGACGCUCGGCCCGCUGAUUGGUGGAAAGCACGUGCCCUGCCAUUCACGUGCUUCCGGUGGCUGGGAAAAGUGUCUGAGAGGCAGCGAUUUAGGAGUUUGCAAAGCUCGCACUGUCAGAGAAUCGCCACGGACUCCAAACAAAGAUCAAUGCAGUGCCAGCUUUGCAUGGCACAGUAAGUAUGAAAAGUGGAGGUGAAUGCACCGAGACCCCCACCAUGCCAAGUACAUAGAGCAGCUGUCGUUCAAAAGUCAGGGAGAGCCGACUGCCAAAAGACAUCGAAUAAGGUGUUUGGCUUCCGUCCUCUUGGAUACGUCGCCUAUCAAGUGGGGCAAGGAUCAAGUGGGUGCAAUUGACAGCUCGAAAUAUGGAAGAGCAGAAAGAUCAAAACAUCCGCGUGGAGAGUAGAGAGCCGAGCGAGGCGGAUCGCGUUUCUAUCUCUCCUCCUUUCCAGUCGCCCCAAAUACAGCCCCAUCCAGCGGCGCAGCAGCCGCACAGAAACACUAACUUUUUUAUUGAUAAUAUUUUGAGGCCGGACUUUGGGUGCAAGAAGGAGAGAGAUCGGGCGCAGACGUCUGGGAGAGAAAACGUCAACCCGCUCACAAGGCCGUCAAAUGCAUCAAGUCUCAGUCCGGAUUCAGAUUGUAGUGACAGUUCCUCGCAGCCAUCCAAGCAGUCUCAACCAAAGCAAAACGAAGGCAAUGGAACUAAUUCGACAAAGUAUGCAGAAAACACUGGCUCGGCGCUUAUGCUUGUGGGGGCUAAUGCAGAACCUAUAUCCAACAGUGAUGGAAACAAAUCGGCAUCAUCAGCGGCUUUAAUGUGGCCUGCCUGGGUUUAUUGCACUAGAUAUUCAGACAGACCGUCCUCUGGUCCCAGGACUAGAAAACUGAAGAAGAAGAAGAGUGAGAAAGAAGACAAGCGGCCACGGACUGCGUUCACGGCCGAGCAGCUGCAAAGACUCAAAGCAGAGUUCCAGACCAAUCGUUACAUCACCGAGCAGAGGCGGCAAACUUUAGCACAAGAACUAAAUCUGAACGAAUCCCAGAUCAAAAUCUGGUUCCAGAACAAGAGGGCCAAGAUCAAGAAAGCCACUGGCCUGAAGAAUGGCUUGGCUCUUCAUCUAAUGGCCCAGGGACUUUAUAAUCAUUCCACAACAACAGUUCAAGACGAAAAGGAGGAGAGUGACUGAUGUUCCGUUUUAUGCUGUUGAAAUAAAGGACUGUGACAGGUGCUAUUUAAAUUGGAUCUGCGUGUAUCUAUAUGGACUGAAUUAUAAUACAAGCAUUUUAAAAUUAUAUAUAACCAAACACAUUAUGACGUUGUAAAUAUUUUAUUUCAGGUAAGGAGAUGUCUAGAGAUCACUGCUUGACCGAGAUUUUAUCAUUUCCGUUUUCAAUGUUGUCGCUAAUUGUUUUAGUCAAUGUCAGAUCUAGAGAUUUUAUGUGAAUCCGGUCUUUUCUGAACUUAUUCAGAAAUAUAAACUGACUACGUAAUGAAUCGCCGCUACAUGCCAAAGAUUUUACUAUGUUGAGAAAUGAUGUAGCUUCAAAUAAAGUGUAGAUUGUGCUUGGAGCACAUUCUGACUAAUGGCUUGGUAUCGUACUGUUCUUUCCGAGCUCCGUUUUUUUUACUUCAAGGGCCCGAACAAAAGGAUGCGUCCUGGAAAGUGAAAGAUAGCCGUGAUAAUUAACGAUAGCGGCAAAAUUUAAACGCAGCAGCUAGUUUUCAUGGAUUUCAUGGCGAGCAAAAACCUGCUCGCUGUUAAAAGGAGAAAACGUUACCCCGUAUAACGCAAAACAGCUGGCAUUUUAAGCAUUUAAUUCUCCAGAAGUGUGAAGCUUGUAAGCACAAUGCAUCACUUCUAACUCCAAAUUGUUUUGUCAUUUCCUUAAAAUAGCCUUGGCAUAAUUUAAACCCGCGAAGCGCCGUUGGACAUAACAGCAGAAAGAAAAUCUUGUUUGAACAGUUUGUCACCGACAUUUGGGUCUGGUUUGUACAGAUUUCAUGUACAUAGAGUAUCGCCAUAGCGUGAUUUGGGAGAAGCGGUUCUAGGUACAUUACCCC